UUGUUGAUUAAUAUAAACGUACAAUAUACAUGUAUAACGGUAUACAUGAUUUUUGCUAUCAUAUAUCCGUAUUAUAUGCGAAAAUAAGAAGCAGUACAGUGGAAGACGUUUGAAGUUGAAAGAAUAUUCUUGACGAAUAGAAUAGGAAAUUUCGAACACCAGUAAAUGAGAUUAAGUUUUCUGGUGAGUGCAUCCUCACAUACAUGGAGUUUCAGCUGGACAGCGCAGAGUACUGCCAGGCCCAACACAAAUAGAUAGAGAAAAAUAAAUACAAAGAGAAAGAGCAAGGGAGAGAGUGAAACGUGCCCCAAAAAGUUAAGAAAAACUGAUUAGACAGCUGUAAAAUAGAAAGAAGAAGAGGAAGAAGAAGAAGAAGAAGAAAAAGAAGAACUAAAAGACAGGAGAUAACGUAGAAAAAACGUAAACAAACGAUCUGGCUAUUGUCAGAUAUAAAAACCAACCAUCAACAGCUAGUCACAAGCACACACGUACAUACAUAUACAUCCAAGACGUAGAGAAUUUUAUUAGACACAAUUUAUUAAUUAGUUGUUCGGACCCAGAGCUGAACCUCAAGGACAUCCCUUCCCCAAACCGCCGGAGCACCUUGUGCCAAGUAGAUAAACUUCCGAAUAGUGAAAUCACUGUCAAAAAAGAGGCGUAUAUCAUCUUAUCCACCACCACCAGAUGUAACUUAACCCCGACCCUCAAUUUGACCAGGUUUUGAGAGGGCUACAUGCGAGAAUCUAUCGUUCUUCUAUCCUCUGUGUGACGAUAAUAACAAGAACAAGUAUUGUUUCUACCAACCAGUUGAAGAAAAAGAAAGGAAAAACGAUAUAAGACUGACUUAUCUAUGGGCUAAACUUGUUGAGGGGAAGAAAAGCUCUUCAUUUUUAUUGCCUAGGUGCAGUGUUAUAGAUUCAUUUUCGUAACGCCGGCGGGAAAUAUUAUUUUUUAUUUUGAGGACAAUUAGGAAAUGAGCAACAUGAGGGUCAAAGACAUCAGGCCGGCACCCGCCGAAAUUGAAUACAAGAAUAUGAAGUUCCUCAUAACUGAUCGACCCAACGAUCAGAACAUCCAAACUUUCAUCCAGGAGCUGAAAAAGCACAAUGUUAAAGAAGUGGUGAGAGUGUGCGAACCAACGUACAAAGUUGAAGAGUUGAAAUCGGAAGGUAUUAGUGUCCUGGAUUUGGUCUUUGACGAUGGAACAUUUCCGCCUAGAGAGGUCGUUGACGAGUGGUUCGAGUUACUAAGGAAACGAUUUGGUGAAACGCCUGACGCCUGUGUCGCUGUUCACUGUGUUGCUGGUCUUGGCCGAGCACCUGUCCUAGUUGCGAUAGCCCUAAUCGAACUAGGACUGAAAUAUGAAGACGCUGUAGCACUCAUUCGAGAAAAGAGGCGUGGCGCUAUCAAUGCAAAACAGUUGGCUUUCCUUGAGAAGUACAGGCCCAAGUCCCGACUGAAGCUCAAGAAUGGGCAUAAUUCCUGCUGCGUCCAGUAGAUAACAAUAACACAACAAUUUGAAGAAAAAAAUUUAAAAAAAAAAAUAAAAAAAUUCAUUACUCAAAUAAAACAAAAAAAAUUUGAAGGAGAACAAAGAAAAACAUAAUUUCAAAUUGACGUCUAUACUAAGAAUUGGAAAAAGAAAAAAAAAUACCACAAAAACUACUGAUGAUUUUGUAUGACAUUCAUUCGGCUUCUGUGGUAGGUAUGCUGGACACGCAAUAAAAUUGAGUCAUAUUAGAGUACCGAUUAUUCGAAACCUCGAAUGUGUUACGCCAGUGUGGAAAUGCAACCCAGAUUUUGUUUCCACAUCAACACACAAUUCGUUGUCAUGCAAGAUGUAUACUUUACUCUUGAGGGAAAUCUGAAGUACAGGAAUUUGGCUAUGCGGAGAAACAAAAUACAUGCAUAUAAUUUGAACUUGAACUUUAUUUAAUAACUCCCAGGAAAAAAUUAAUAAAAUUCUAUUCACCAUCAUUUAUGUAUUCCCUGCUAUUGUUUGUAUUUAUUUCUUUGUGGUUGUAAUAACUGAACAUAUUAUUUUCUCUAUUUUUCGAAUGUACCCUUCGAUGAAACGUUCUAAAUUUUUCCUUUGACUUUAUCAUUGCCUACCAAAUAUUCAAUUACCGUCAUGUUUCACGUACACAGUGUAUGAGCCCGACUCAGCACUAAUUCAUAGAUAGGAAAUAUUUGUAUGCUGCGUGUUAGAACGAAAUUCGAAAUAAAUUUUUAAUGUUCAUUAUCGACUUUUAAUUAGUCCAUAUGUCAAUGGGAAAUGAUACGUCAUAAUAUUUACACGAAGAAAGAUGAUUAUUUUUGAACCUUCGAAAUUUUUGCUAUUUGCAUUGAAUAAGAAUCAUUAUUAUUGUUAUUAUUAUUAUUAAUUACUAUAUUCGAUAUAAAAGGUACUAGUUUUGUGUUUAAAAGAAUUUGUAUAAUAUCAUUUUCGUUUUUUAAUUAGUUAGCCAAUUGUUUUCGACUCUUGUAGUCGCGCUACUUUCCUUCCUUGUAUUACAUCGUCUCUAGCUUAAUUCUUUCGUUAUUGUUCCUAAUUUUGACACUUGGAGUUGCGUUUCCAACAGGAUAAAUAAACGAGGCGAUUAAUAUAGUAAUUCUUUAAGCAAAUUAAACAGAAAAUAUACAACAAAAACAAUAAAUUAAUGAAUAAAUAUUAUUGGAAGAAGCGUUAAUCGAGAGUCGGUAAUGCGAACUACCUUCCACUGCUACCACUACUAUAUUAUUACCUUGAACGAAAGAAAAAACACAAUUAACUUUAACGCUAUGCACACACGUAUGUAAUAUUUCUCUACUACAUGGGAUUUAUAUAUGUAUUUACGCGUGUACAUAUCACGUCAGUCUUAACGCAGCUCGAUGGCAAUUUUAUCAGAAAAAAAAACUACAAGAAAUGAAAUAAAAAGAUACACAUAGACUCCAAGGAAAAGUGUUGCGAUAAAGACUAAUUGCCGCAUUUUUUCGUAACUUUUCAACGCGAUGAUUUAAACUCGUAAUUUAAUGUCAAAGUACGAAUAGAGGAUAUUUUAUUUUUUUUUCAUAAAAUUGCCACCGCCGCUGUGCGCCACACUAAACUGUGUUCAAAAAAUAGAAAAGUCGAUAUCCUAAUAAAUUGAUGGAAACUCAACUAACUUAAUUACGUGGAUCAUUUCGUCAAUAUUCACUCGUUCAACCGCAGUGAAUGUAUUCUUACUUUUAUCUUGAACUAAGUUAACUAACAGUCGUUUUGGUUGGGGCAAAAUGGCGUCGCACUGAAUGAAACAAUAAUGAUUUUGGGUUAAUAACAAGGCGCAAAAAGAAUUGAGUACGCUGUUGAACUUUGCACUUUGUAAUGGUAACAAUAAGUCAAUAUAAAGUAAAAUACGUAAAAUGUAAUCACUUUUACAAUUGAAUUUGGUUCUGGUAGUUGAUGUAAUUCAUUUGCUGCUAAAAGUUGGCGUCUUCUGAAUUCGCGAAUCCCAAAACAUCGCUUGAAAAAUAAUCUAAUAUGAAAUAAACUUGCAGCGUACAGAGAAUGUCCGUUACAAAACUGUU